AUGUUGACAAUAUCAACAGGCUGUGUGUCUUGUCAGUCUAGGUAUAGAUCAGUAUCGUAAGCGCAGCCACACCACACGGAUACUGGCCUGCAGCUCAAUAAGGCAUGUUGGUCGCUGCUCCUCCUUGCGAUUAGCGCUUUGAGAAGCAUUACGGAACGCUGGCAGUGCGAGUCAGCACGCGCCGUGAUGAUUUCGCUAGCUGUCUUUUGCGACUCUCGCGUUGUAAAGAAACAAGCGACAUGAACAAUCUUGAUUUUUCUUAGUUGCUGAAGUUGGGUUGCUGUAGCUGUCUCCCGUUGAAGGAGGUCACUUUCUGUGCGGUUUUCGGCUUACCGUUUCUUUGCGGAUGAUGUCGAGAGCAGUCUAGCUUUGAAAAGCCAAAAAAAAAACACACACACUUUCGGUGCGGUUUCGGGCUUACCGUGUCUUUGCGGAUGAUACUGCUAGCAGUCUUCCAGCAUGCAUAAGGACACACGGCAACGACCUGGUCCCGUGAGAGGCGGGCCAGGCAGCAAUUCGUGGGACGAAGAUGACGACAUGCCACGUGCGCUCCCCUCUCUUCCACAUCAUCAGCCACGUCAGCUUCUCCGCCCCGAGCAGCAGCAGCAGCCGCAGCAGCAAAAACAGCCGCAGCAAGCGCGGCAGGCUCCCCCCCCACAGUCACGCAAACCCAGCCCCCACGCGUACGAGCCGGAUGAACAGUACGAACCUCGUUACUCGAACCAGCGUGAUUCCCGGGAUUCGCGGGAGGUUAGGGAGCAACCGUAUGACCGGAACAACUGGCAAAGAAACGCGCCGGUGCCAGCUCAGCAGCGGCAGAGCGGCUCGGUUCCGUACAGGCGCCCGGUUGCACAGCCGGAUUCUGAGACGGAAACUGAAACGGAGGCGGAAACGGAGGCUGAGACGGAAACGGAAUUCGAGACGGAAGCUGAAACGGAGGCUGAAACGGAGGCUGAAACGGAGGCGGAGACAGAAGUGGAAGAGACGGAAACGGAGUUUGAGGAAGAGGAAGAGGGGGAGGAAACGGAGGAGGAGGAGGUGACUGAAGUGGAGGAAGAAGGGGAGGGAGAGGAGGAGGCGGAGGAGGAGGAUAAGGAUAACAUUCUGGAACAAGUAGCCGAGCUGCUGAGUCAGAUCGAGGCCAUGAUUGCAGCAGGGCCGCAUGGCAAGCUGGAUGAAUACCUCCCGGUGGUGGACCUGCUGCUGAAUGUGCGCAAGGUGCUGGCAGAGGUGGGGGAGAAGGACGCGGGGAGGAGGGCUGACAUGCUGCUCAGGACCGCUAUGGAGGAUCUGGACUACGAGCUAAGAGACAUACUUAAGAGGAGGAGCAAGCAAGCCUCGGCCAGGUUCUCAGCAGACGAGCUGAGGAGGCUCUUUCAGGCGGAGUUCCUCCAUGGGGGGAGCGCGGAGCCUGCAGGGGAGGGGGGGGACGGGAAGGGGGAGGGGCAGGAGGGAAGGGGGGGGAAAGGGGGGAUGGGAGGAGUGAGGGGAGGAGUGGAGCUCAAGAGGCAGGACCGGAAGGGGAAGAGAAAGCGGGGGAAGAGGAAGGUUCCUGAGCUGUUUCCUGUGAGCACGGGGCGGUGGCUGAAUGAGGCGGCAGGGCGGAUGGUGCAGGGAGGGGCGGGAGGAAAGUGCGUGGAAGCUUACAGGUCCGUGAGAGCAGAGGCUGUGAAGGCGCUGAUGGACGAACUCAAGCUGGAGGACGUGCUGAGCCCAGGGGUGAUUCACGAGGCCCCGUGGCGGGUGCUGGAGCAGGCGUCCAAGGAGUGGGUGCAGGCUGCGUAUAUCAUUGGAGCACUCAUCAUCCCCAUGGAGCACCAGACGGCCAACGAGGCGUGGAGGGGCAUGGACACGCAGAGGCGAGCCGCACUGCGAGGAGUGCUGGAGGAUGGUGGCGUCGGGCGACGGGUUUUGUUUCUAGCAGACGUGCUUAGGGCCAUUGUGUCGCGGCGCAUGGCGGAGCAGCUGUUCUCCCUCCUGGACGCUUAUCAAGUGGUUCAAGAGAUCAUGCCAGAGCUCUCUGCCACCUUCCAGGACCUGAAGGUCAGCAGUGUGUGGGGUGCAUGCGAGGGCUUACCUCUCCUCCUGGGGCGAGCGGUGGCGGCGUGCUUCCAGCGGCUGAAGCUGCUUCUGGAAGACUCUGCUGCGUCUAACCUUGCGGAUGCCAUGCGGAAGCCUGUUCCGGCAAAGAAACCGGCUCUUAGCUUCCUCACUCGCAGCGCCACCGCCAACAGCAGCACAGCUGUGGCCCCUGACGAGUCUGUCUAUGAGAUCGUGCCCCGAGGGGGGGCAGUUGACUCCAUCACCAGCUAUGUGGCCAACUACAUCCGCAGCUACAUGCAGAGGCAAGGAGAACGCAGCUACGUUGACUCCUUGACCUCCCUCUUCGCCAUUCUUGAGACCCAUCCGGACGAGGACCCCAACUCCCUCACAGCAGAUUUCGCCCUCCUCCCCCUCCCCUCCACCGCCUCCUCCCUCUCCCCUCUCUCCUCCAAUCCAAUCGCUGCUGCCGCAGCCGCUGCCACGUCAGCAUCUGCCAUGUCAGCAGGGGCGGGCAAUGGGAGGGCGCCAGGUGUCGGGAGGAGCUUGGAGAGUGAGACAGCUCAGCUGGUGAUGGCUUUGAGGAGGAACCUAGAGUCUAGAUCACGGCUUUAUCCAGAAGAGGAGCUACAGCAGCUCUUCCUGAUGAAUAACCUCAAUUAUCUGGUGAAAUCCAUGAAUGACUGGCACGGGUGGCACUCACAGGGCAUUGAAAAGAACCUGUCGGCUGUGAGGAGGGAGGGCGCUAAGGACCUUAUGGUGGCCAUCGCUGAUCUGCACGAUGACAGAGUGGUGCAGCAGCAUGCGGGGGCGUUCCAGUCACUCGCCCUACUCAAGGUGAUGACAGCCCUCAGCACCAACGACGAUGCGGUGCAGCCAUCCCACAGAACUGCUGCGGACUAUGUCAAGGCAGAGAUGCAACGUCUAAAACGGUUCAACUUGGCAUUUGAGGAGCUCCAGGAGAGGCAGAGGCACUGGGCCAUUCCUGACGAUGGGCUGAGGAGGAAGAUCCGGGCGAAAUGGGCGACCACGAUCAAGGAGCGAUACAGGAAGAUGCUGCUGCCGUACUGGGAUGACUUGACAUCAUGCAAGUUCUAUGCCUUCACCCCAGAAAGAGUGGAGGAAAUUAUUCAGCACACUUUCUUUAUGGACCCUUCGGACUGAAACUUGAAAUGUUUAUCAAUGCCCUUGAAAUUGGAGAAUCGAAUGCUUAUCAAUGCUUCGUCCGUCGUUAUUGAACAGUCUGUAGCUGUUACUUACUACAAUCGCGAAUACCAUAUUUCGUAGGACGGACUCUGCAAGACAGCGGAAAACAGGACAUGGUUCUUUCGCGUGUGCUACUCGGCGAUCUUUCAAGUGUUUCUACCAGAUCUGAUCUUCUUAACCUCUUCCACUCACGACCAACGGCUCUUUCGAUUCUCACUUCCCGCACGUUCGAGUUCAUAUAAAAUAAACUCUCCUUUUUUAG